AGGAGCGGAGAGGCAUAACCAAGGUGUGGUGGGCCCUCGGGUAGCACAGGAGCAGGCCCCAGAGAGGGAUGUAACUGUGGAGAGAUGGGGCUGGAAAAGCCAAAGGCAGAGUGGCACUUUCUGGAGUGGUGUGGCCAGGGCAGCAAGUAAGGACGUGGAGGUGGAGUGACCAGUCACAUGGGGCGUGGUCUAGAGGUGGGGGGCGUGACCAAGGCAGUGGGGCAUGACGAGGGGGCGUGGCUACGAUGGUUAAAUUUGCAAGCUGCAGUCUCCAGAGUGAGAUUCGAGCUCUUCGGAAAACGUUCAGGUUCCUGCAAGUUCUCUGCAAUCUGACCAAGACCUCAAGGCAAAGAUGGUGGUGAUGAGCAACCUGAGAAUCAUUCUUCAAGCUUCUCCAUGCAAAACACUGUGGAGAAAGUUCCAGAUUCCGAGGUCCACGCCUGUGAGGCCCUGCAGCCUGUACACCUGCACUUACAAAACCCGGAACCGAGCCUUGCACCCGCUCUGGGAGAGGACAGACCUGGUCCCGGGAGGUGAGCGCCAGUCACCCAUCAAUAUCCGGUGGAGGGACAGUGUCUAUGAUCCUGACUUAACACCGCUCACCAUCUCUUAUGACCCGACCACCUGUCUCCAUAUCUGGAAUAAUGGAUACUCCUUCCUUGUGGAAUUUGAAGAUUCUACAGAUAAAUCAGUGAUCAAGGGAGGACCUCUGGAACACAACUACCGAUUGAAGCAGUUCCAUUUUCACUGGGGGGCCAUUGAUGCCUGGGGCUCCGAGCAUACCGUGGACAACAAAUGCUACCCAGCAGAGCUGCACCUGGUGCAUUGGAAUGCAGUCAAAUUUGAAAGCUUUGAGGAUGCAGCACUGGAAGAAAAUGGUCUGGCUGUGAUAGGAGUAUUUUUAAAGUUAGGGGAACAUCAUAAAGAGCUACAGAAAUUGGUGGAUACAUUGCCAUCGAUUAAGCAUAAGGAUGCCCUGGUAGAAUUUGGGUCAUUUGACCCUGCCUGCCUGAUGCCUGCCUGCCCGGAUUACUGGACCUACUCGGGAUCCCUGACGACCCCACCACUCUCUGAGUCUGUCACCUGGAUCAUUAAGAAGCAGCCUGUAGAGGUUGAUCAUGAUCAGCUGGAACAAUUUCGGACCCUCCUUUUCACUUCCAAGGGGGAGAAGGAGAAAAGAAUGGUGGACAACUUCCGUCCCCUUCAGCCUCUCAUGAAUCGCACUGUCCGCUCAUCCUUCCGUCACGAUUAUGUGCUCAAUAUACAAGUGACACCCAAGCCUACGACCAGCCAAGCGAGCCCCUAAGUGCCCAUUUCUAGGUGGUGUUUUGCGUUAAUACAUACUAGCUUUUAAAAACUUAACUAAGACUAUUCUAAACACCUGCAUUUAAUGCUAAUUAUAAAUGUGCAUUUCUUGGUUAUGGCAGUGAUCCUUCAGUCUUUUAUUGAUAAUGAUGUUUAGCACUGAGAUAGCAGCAAGAGGCACAAGUUUGUCUUCGAGCAACCUGUCUGACAUUUUUGAGCUGGUAAGUCACAGACACUUGACCAUCCAAAAUGCAGGCCUUUCAGAAAUAGCCAGAGGGCCCAUUCUGGUACUUCUUGGCUGAACAUUGGCUAUGGUUUUAGGUACGUUUUAUUUCAAAACAUGGAUGAGUUUUCUUUUAUAAGGCCUCCUCAAUGAGCAUAUUUGCCCUGAUCUUUAGUUAUCUUACCAGUACCUGUUAUGCUUCCUUAAUUAUUAUCAGUUUAUGAUAUAGAACAAAGAUUUUGCAAUCCUAGGAAAACAAGGAUUUACUGAUAUCUGAGGAUCAGGUGUCUUACUUAAACACUUGCUCAAAUAGAAAGCAUUUGCAGUGUAAAACAUUUUAACGAUAAUGCUUAAAGUGCCUAGAAUUUAGAAUUCUGUUAUAAUAUGUCUACAGAAGUAUUUUUCAAAUGACUAAAAUAUAAUAAUCUAUAGUUUAUAUUACCAUUCUGCAUUAUUUUUACAUUGUUUCAUAGACUAUGAUAAUAUUUUUCACAAUGACAGAACUAUUUUGGCUUCCCUUGAAAAGUGUCUAAACUGUAUUUUAUUUCAUUAGUGCAGUUCUAUGAUCAGAAUAAAUAUCCCAAUUUACACAGUGGCUUAGAAGACUUUUGGUACAGUAGUAGGAGGAGAAACUUGUCAGGCAGGCUAAAAUCUAGAUAAUUCUACAUACUGUGUAGAACCCAUGCCUCUAUUGACCUUUUUUGUAGAUAACUUGGAAUGUUGCUAAUUGCCAAUAAGCCUGUGUUCAAGCCCAAUAUUGCAUUAACCAAUAGUAUUUCUUUAAUUAAUAUGCUAAUCCUCUCAUCUACAAGAUAGAGUUGGAUAAAUACGUUGUAUUAACACUACUGAACCAUACACUGAACAAGGUUAAGAUGGUAAGUUUUUGUUAUAUGUAUUUUACCACCAUUAAAAAUAAAUAAUAAUUCAGUAGGAAUAAAAGAGUUGGAGUUGUAUGUAUAAAUUUAAGGGGAUAUCUCUGCUCUAAAGGAGUUUAGAAGGGGGAUAAAGGCAUUUGCUUCUAGGGUACGUGCCUUUUCUGGGAAAGGGAAAGCAAGUAUACACUGGGAAAUGAAUAUGAUUUUUUAAAAAUGUUUUAUUUAUUUAUCUUUACAAAGAGGGGGGAAGAGAGGGAGAAAACAGGGAGGAAAAGAUGGACAGGAGAGAGAUGCGCUCUGACUAGAGCUGAACCCUCAACCCUUUGUGUUGUGGGACUAUGCCCAACCACACUGGCCAGGGCUGAAUACAAUCCUUAAAAAGACAAAUGUGGGGCCCUGGUUGAUGUGGCUCAGUGGGUUGAGCACCAGCCUGUGAACCAAGGGGCCACGGGAUCGAUCCCCAGUCAGAGCACAUGCCUGGGUUGCGGUCCAGGUCCCCAGUAGGGGGCAUGCAAGAGGCAACCACACACUGAUGUUUCUUUCCCUGUUUCUCUAAAAAUAAAUAAAUACUAUCUUUUAUAAAAAGAUGACUGUGGGGAAACAGUUUGUGUUAGCUAAAUGAUCUGUUUCAAACCACAGUUAUCUUAAAAGGGUAGACAUACAAGAUAUGCAUUAUUUUUCUGACACAGGUUUCUGUCCUAGGCCUCUUGCAAACUCUUAAUACAAAAUUCUAUUGCAGUGAGUUUCCAAAAUGCAAUGAGAAGCAAUUGACAGAACACCUAACUUACCCUUAUAUGUUAGAGAUACAAAGGGUGUACAGCUGAUCCUUGAGCAACAUGGUUUGAAAUGUGUGGGUCCACUUAUACAUGAUUUUUUAAAAAAAUAAAUACUUACAGCACUGUAAAUAUGUUUUCUCUUAUGAUUUUCUUUUUAUUUUUUUCACAUUUUUAUUGUUGUUCAAGUACAGUUGUCUCCAUUCCCCCCACCACUCCUCCCCACCCCAGCCAUCCCCACCUCCCACCCUUGAUCCUACCCUCCUUUGGUUUUGUCCAUGUGUCCUUUAUACAAUGCUCCUGAAAUCCCUUGUCCCUUUUCCCGUUAUUCCCUCGCACCUCCCCAGUGGUUACAGUCAUUUUGUUUUUAAUUUCAAUGUCUCUGGUUAUAUUUUGCUUGCUUGAUUUUUUUGUUGUUGAUUAGGUUCCACUUAUAGGUAAGAUUAUAUGCUAUUUGUCUUUCACCACUUGGCUUAUUUCACUCAGCAUAAUGGUCUCCGGAUCCAUCCAUGCUGUCACAAAAGGAUAAGAGCUCCUUUGUUUCUGUUGCAUAGCAUUCCAUCAAGAAAAUGGACCAUAGUUUUUUGAUCCAUUCAUUUACCAAUGGGUGCUUAGGUUGCUUCCAGCACUUGGCUAUUGUAAAUUGUGCUGGUAGGAACAUUGGGGUGCAUAGGUUGUUUUGGAUUGGUGUUUCAGGGUUCCUAGGGUAUAGUCCCAGCAGUGGAAUUGCUGGGCCGAAAGGCAGUUUCAUUUUUAGUUUUUCUGAGGAAAUUACAUUCUGUUUUCCACAGUGGCUGCACCAGUCUGCAUUCCCACCAACAGUGCACUAGGGUGCCCUUUUCUUCACAACCUCCCCAACACUUGUUGUUUGUUGGUUUGUUUAUGAUGGCCAUUCUGACUAGUGUGAAGUGGUAUCUGAUUGUGGUUUGAAUUUGCAUCUUUCUGAUGGUUAGUGAUGCUGAGCAUCUUUUCAUAUGUUUCUGGGCCCUCUGUAUGUCCUCCUUGGAGAAGUGUCUGUUCAGGUCCUUUGCCCAUUUUUUAAUUGGGUUGUUUGUCCUGGAGUGGAGUUGUGUAAGUUCUUUGUAUAUUUUGGAGAUUAAACCCUUGUCUGAGGUAUCAAUGCCAAAUAUGUUUUCCCAUAUGGUUGGUUCUCUUUUCAUUUUAAUGCUGUUUUCUUUACCCAUGCAGAAGCUUUUUAUUUUGAUGAGAUCCCAUGUGUUUAUUCUUUCCUUUAUGUCCCUUGCUCUAGGGGACAUAUCAGUGAAAAUAUUGCUGUGUGGAAUAUCUGAGAUUUUCCUCCCUAUGUUCUCCUCUAGGACUUUUAUAGUGUUGCAACUUACAUUUAAGUCUUUUAUCCACCUUCUUUAUGAUUUUCUUAAUAUUUUAUUUUCUCUAGCUUACGUUAUAGUAAGAAUACAUAUAUAAUAUACAAAAUAUGCAUUAAUCAAGUGUUUAUAUAAUCAAGGCUUCCAGUCAACAGUAGGCUAUUAGUAGUUAAGUUUUGGGGGAGCCAAAAGUUACACACAGAUUUUUGACUGUGCAGGAUGUCGGUGCCCCAACCCCUGCAUUGUUGAAAGGUUAGCUGUUCGGGAUGGGGCAAAAGUAGGUUUACAAUUGUUCACAGGAAAAAUAAUACAAUAAUAAAUAAAUAAUAAUACAAGAAUAAACUCUGUAUUUUAUGGACUCACAACUGUAAAACUACUUUUGUCCCACCUGUAUUUAUAGGGUGUUUCUCAGUUUGCCACUUCUGAUUUACUUACACCUCAUAUUCUGGUGUAAUUAUUAAUAGCACCCUCUUGCACUCUCAACCAUGUCCUGGUUUGCAUGAUAAAUUCUUGGUCACCUUCCCUGCAGAGAAUAUGGAAACUUCCUUGGGGGUGUGUGGUUUCAUGUCAUCUGCCCCCCAAAGAGAUAAUAUAGAUUUCCUGGCUACUAAUACACCCUAGCAGGAAACUUUUUAUGUGUUUUAUGCCUCCAAAAGUGUUUUACUUAUACCUUCCUAGACCUGGAGGGGGAAAAUGGGCUUGAGAUCGGUCAAAGAGCUUGAGAAAGAAUUUCGUAUUUAAAUUGCUGCUCAUCUUUAUUGAAUAAUACUAGAUGAAUUA